ACCGGCGCUCUUCGCAUCAAAAGCUCCACUGCGGAGCCAAGAAAAUAUAUUUAAUUCCCAUUUCAAGUGCAGGAAUUUCAAGUUUGUUUGUUUAAAUACUAUGUGCAAGUGAGACAGUGCAAACAAAAAGAACAAUCUGAAACCAAGGGAAACACCAAAAAUAUAAUGAAAUGUUGAGCAAUUAAGGCUGGAUUUUAAGUGCAUAGCUAGAGUGUAUUAAUAAUUUAGUUGAAACAAACAAAGCCAUGGAGAGUGCAGCGAAUUUAGGCGACUCCAAAAAGCCAUUCAAAGUCAAGGACGUCACACGCAACAUUAAGAAGGCUGUCUGCGCCUCCAGUCUGGAGGAGAUUCGCAGCAAGGUGGCCGAGAAGUUCGAGAAGUCCGACCACCUGCCCACCAUCCACCUGGACUCCGACGGCACGGAGAUCGACGACGAGGAGUACUUCCGCACCCUCGACGAGAACACGGAACUGGUGGCCGUUUUCCCCGGCGAGCACUGGAUCGAUCCCACGCACUACGUGACCAUAACCACUCCACAUGGCAACGACGGCGGAACCGGAAACGGGGAUCCUGCCGCCGGAGAGGGCGACACCACCGAUGCCAACAACUCGGAGUCGGCUCGUAUCCGGCAGUUGGUGGGUCAGCUGCAGAACAACCUCUGCAACGUGUCCGUGAUGAACGACGCAGAUUUGGACUCACUGUCCAACAUGGAUCCCAAUUCGCUGGUGGACAUUACGGGCAAAGAGUUUAUGGAGCAGCUCAAGGAUGCGGGAAGGCCGCUCUGUGCAAAGCGCAAUGCCGAGGAUCGUUUGAAUUUGUUGAAGCUCCUGAAGGCCGGAGCCAUUUUCUGCUCGGAACGCUAUCCCGAGGAUGCGGAGGCCAUCGACCGGGAGAUCGGACGCCAGUUGAACGAGGCGGAGAGCGGACAGAUGAGCACCACCACGGCCAGCAACACCCGCACCAUCGAGGUGGUGCAGUGCGACAAUCAGAACACGACGAUAACGAUUACGGUGGGUGAGGCUACUUCGACUUGCUCCGCGGCCAAUGGAAUCAACGGAGGAUCCUCCGCUGCCGAAGUAGCCGCCAAUGAGGCUAAUGCCAAUCCGAGUAGGAAUCCAAAUGCCAACGGAGACAUCUGACUGCCUAUCCUGGGCAGCCUCAGGUAAAGUCUGCCGGCGGAGGAUGGAAGAGGAUUGAGGGAGGUGAAAAUCAAAAUCAAGAUCCAAAAGGAUAUACCGACGACAUCAGUCCUGCAACAUUGGGUUAACAUAAAUCGUAUUUGUAGCAUGUAAUUAGGCAAUGCGGAAUCAGAAAACGAAACGAAGACAAAAUCAAGCGAAAACAAAGUCACAGAGAAUGCUUCAUAGUAUCUAAGAGCAAAUGAAAGUUAACGAACAAUACACGUACUAGAAUUAAACACCAAGCGAAGGAGUUCACACAGAUUUGAAGAGUCUUUUAGCAAUCACAGUCAGAGGAAACGUAUUUAACCAUAUAUACACAAGCCACAUGAAUAAUAAUCAAAGGAUAGCGAUAUAAGUAUUACAUUUGAGGUAGAACCCCAGGCGUAGGCGAAAUAAAACCCGAGUUGAGCCCGAAUUGGAUGGAUAUGGAUAUGGAUAUACAUAUAUGCAACGUCCCAGGAAACUGUUGAUUUGCUUGCCGUGUAAAUUGUGUUACGAGUAGUAGUUAGAAUGGAAACGCACAUCAAAAAUUGUUUUUAGACCAAUGCCAUUGUGAAUGUCAUUCGUUAAAGGCCAAUUGAGACUGACUGUAUUUAUGUGUAAUAGGUUUUUUCGUGGUUUGAGCGGUUCGGGACAGAUCAGAUCAGAUCGGAUGGAUGCUUCCAGCGCUGCUGCUGCCCUGUCCUUUCCCCUCUCCCCGCCCCCGAAUCUAUAGCCAAAUGAAUUUAAGCAAACAGCAAACAUUGUUAGCAAAUUAAACAAUAAAAGAACACAAUAACGGAAAUUGCAAUUGCCCCAAUUAAAGUUGGUAACUGUCUACAAUUCGAAUAAGCAAUAAGGGAAGCCGUUAACGAGAAACGAAAAACCAAAUGCAAACAGAAAACAAUUAUUAAAUAUAGUGAAACGCAUACAGCAAAUACAAGAAACCAACCCCGAGGCAAACUAUAUACACGAAACCAAGUAAUAAAUAAAUGAAUAUUAAAGCAAA